AUGAUCAAUAAAGUAGCAUUAGUGACUGGAUCAAGCCAAGGGAUCGGUUUCGCUAUCGCGAAAGAAUUCAUGAAGAGAACAGUAAAGACGGUGUAUGUGACGGCAAUGACUGAGCAACUAGGCAGUGAUGCCAUUGGAAAGCUCAAAGUUGAGGGUUUCAAACCUGAAUUUCAUUUAUUAGAUGUAACUGAUGCAACAAGUGUCAAAAACUGUGCGGAUUACGUGCUGCAAAAACACGGACGCUUGGAUAUACUAGUCAAUAACGCAGGCGUUACCGUCAAAGACUUGGAAAAAACCACUUAUGAAGAUUCAGUUCGAGUUCUUAACACAAAUUACUACGGUAACUUAACCGUCGAGAAACAUUUCUUUCCAAUCCUAAAUCAGAACGCAAGAGUCAUUAACAUUUCCAGUAUAUGUGGACACAUUUCUAAUCUCCGAAACAAAUAUUGGAUCGGCAAGCUGACGAACAACAAUUUGGAGAGAGCUGAUAUUGAUGCAUUCGUCAACUGGUUUCUAGACUCCGUCAAAAACGGGAAAGUAAAGGCUGAGGACUUCUUCCAAACUGAGAUGCUCGCUUACAGGAUUUCCAAGAUAGCGUUAUGUGCGUUGACGAUUCUGCAACAGAGGGAGAUCGGUAGGAAUAUUUCCGUUAACUCAAUACACCCUGGGUUCGUCAAGACGUCAAUUAACCGUGGAAUGGGUUUUUAUUCAGAAGAACAAGGAGCCAAGGCUCCAGUUUAUUUAGCCCUUGACGUGGACCAGUCGGUGAAGGGACAGUACUUCUGGCCAAAUAAGAAAACUGUUCUAGAAGCGAUGGACUGGAGCAACCCUGAUCUACCACUUUACUUUGACUACGAACUUUUUAGGAAAAUCGAUUUGAAUAACAAAUAAUUCCAUU